GUCACAAUUAGUAUUCCUGCUUCGUCUUCGAGUCAGAUUCCUGCUUCGCCUACAUCAGCGGCGACGGGGUCCUCAGCGAUAGCAAACGGCGGGAAAAAAGAAGUGGUUAAAGAGGGAUUCACAAUUGUCAUACCCGAUAUUUCCGAAGAGCUUCCGGCUUCAAUGAAUACGUCAAGUAGUACUACGGCAUCCACCUCUUCCAGUGUGCGUGUCUUCGAAAAGGAGGGUCUCACUAUCUCAGCGCCAGCAUCCACAACAAGUGCAGCAUCGUCUACAACCUGUCCUCCGGCUUCUGCCGUGUUGACGGAGAAUACGGCUCCUGAGCCGAUUCUUGUAGACUCCCAGGAGGGCAAUGUCGAGAAGGCAGGCAGCGAAGGAGAGGACCUUGUUCGAUCUCGCCUCAAAGCAGAGAUGGCCAGACAGAAGGCAGAGAUGGAGGCGCAAAUGAUAGACCAAAGGAGGCAAUACGAAGCACUCAUUCGAGAGAAGGAAGACGCCUGGGCAAAAGUACUCGCAGCACUUCAGCAGGCACAAGCAGAAGACCCGGUUGGAGUUGCUGUCAACGCUGUGGGCGGGGCACAGGUACUUAAUUUUUCCUUCGCCUUGUAGCUCUACUAGCUCUGGGUAAGAAAUGAAGAACAAUUCGUCCGAUUCUUCUCGAGGGAGGAUUGACGACGAUGUUGAACAAAACUUCUAGUAUUUUGAUUUUGCAUAUGCUAAUGCUUGUAUUAUUCACAUGAGUAUGGUCUUAGAAGUUUGGGUUUUUUUGUUCUGUCUAUUUGUCGAAAGUCGAAACUACAUCUUGAUUUUUUACUCCCGCAGGCAUCAGGAGAGCAGCCGCUGUUGUUCCAGCCUGGUCCUACCGCUCCAUCGUCCAAGACAUCGGGAGAAGCUUUUCACAAUGAGCUUGAGGGAAGAAAAGUAGACGAGAUAGAUGAUCCUGCUGUUGUGCCCACGUUUAAGCACCAGCCUCCGUCCGUAAACUCGAGUAAGGAAGCUAAAGUGUUCGAGACGACCUCCACGGACUACUUUUUAGAAGCAGCAAUAAGUGGAGCGGGGGACACAACGCCUGGUGGCGCAGGCAGAAGUAGCAUGAUGGACGCGAGUCCCCCAAGAAUAGACAUCGAAGACUCAGUGAGC